UUCCUUUCCUCCUCUAUCGGCGAGAAUGAAGACCAUUCUCAGUACCCAGACAGUGGACAUCCCCGACAGCGUCGAAGUGACGCUGAAAGGGCGCACUGUUACAGUGAAGGGCCCUCGAGGGACUCUUCGUCGGGAGUUCAACCACAUUAACCUGGAGCUUCGUCUGCUUGGCAAGAAACAGAAGAAGCUGCGAGUGGACAAGUGGUGGGGUAACAGGAAGGAGUUGGCUACUGUCAGAACGAUCUGUAGCCAUGUUCAGAAUAUGAUCAAGGGUGUUACAAUGGGUUUCAGGUACAAGAUGCGUUCUGUGUACGCCCAUUUCCCUAUCAAUGUGGUGAUUCAGGAGAGCGGUGCACUGGUGGAGAUCAGGAACUUUCUGGGCGAGAAGUACAUCCGACGUGUGCGCAUGAGGCCAGGUGUGAACUGCGCGCUCUCUUCUGCACAGAAAGACGAGCUUGUUUUGGAGGGUAAUGAUAUUGAGCUGGUUUCAAACUCAGCGGCCCUGAUCCAGCAGGCAACCACAGUCAAAAAUAAGGAUAUCCGGAAGUUCCUGGACGGUAUCUAUGUCUCAGAGAAGGGGACAGUAGUGGAGCCAGAGUCAUAGAGGACACAAGCUGCAUUAAUACAGCAGGCCACCACUCUAAGAACGACAUCUGGAAGUUCCUGGAUGGGAUUUACCCAGGAAAUUGAAAAGCCUGUCCUUUGUAAAAUCUGUCAAUAAACAUUUUCUGUUAACUGCCACUAAUGGCUAUGAAGUUGA